AUGAAGGGUGAAGCUGUGAGAACUCUGCCACCACGGUAUCUCUCGGCGCCCCCGCCCAACGAUCAGGAGAUGUUCGACUUGAUAUCGUCCAGCAAUCCCGCGGCCACCGACAUGAUAUUCAACGCAGCAUAUCUUGCGGAGCAAUAUCCUUCUGGAAUGGUGGCCAAAGCACGUUGCAAGGUUAUGGAACUCCGGGCCGCCUACAACAAGGCUCUGGGCCAAGUCGACGUCUUGAUUACGUCGUGUCCCGCCAACAGUGGCCAUGAGACACCCUGGGCCGGCGUCGAGUGUGGAGAAGAUCAUGCUCGCAGUUGGCGAGCAACACGUGCCCCUUUAAUGUCAGGGGCCACCCAGAGAUGA